AUGGACCGUUGUGUUAGGGUUAUUAUAGUGGUAGCCCUCUUCAUUCUUAUCUCUAAUUCUACUUCGAAGAUCACAGCCAAGGCGCAUCCAAGGGCCAACAUGGCUGGUCAAGGGCAGGAGGGAGGCUGGAAUUUCCGAUACGGUGGCGACUCGUCGAGGGACGGGAGUUGGGAGUACCGUUGGGGUUCGGGUUCAGGUCCUGGAGGUGCCAGUUGGGGCUUCGGCGGAGGUUCUGGCAGGAGUGGUGGUGGUGGUGGUGGUGGUGGAGGUGGUAGUGGACCUGGUGGAUUUGGGUUCGGAUGGGGCGGUUCUUCUUCAGGUGAGGGCGGUACUGGUAACUUCGGAUUUUAUGGUGGCAACUUUGGGUUUGGGCCGUUUGGGGGUGGCGGUGCCAAUUUCAAUGGCGGAUUCGGAUUUGGCGGUGGGGGGAAUCCGACCGGACAACCAGGUGGGCAUGGAGUUGGGGGAAUGAAUAACGGAAACAAUCCAGGGAAUAGAGCCGGCGGAAGCCGUUCUUGA